AUGGCGGAUUCCAACCCUGUUAAGGAGGCCGAGGUCUCCAUGGCCAACCUUCUGCUUGAUGAGGUCACCGGCGAGAAGGUGUCCAAGUCUGAAUUGAAGAGACGCCAGAAGCUGCGUGAGAAGGAGAACAAGAAGAAGGAAAAGGAAGCCGCUGCUCCUCCCAAGGCUGAGAAGAAGGUUUCCGCCGAGGACGAGGAGUCAAAUUUGACUCCCAACCAAUACUUCGAGAUCCGCAGCAAGAGAAUCAACAAGUUGCGCGAGACCAAGAACCCGGAUCCCUACCCCCACAAGUUCCACGUCACCAAUGAUCUGCGCGAGUUCGUCAAGGAGUACGAGGGUCUCCAGAAGGGCGAGCAGAAGCCCGAAAUCCCUAUCCGCAUCGCCGGUCGUAUUUACACCAAGCGCUCUUCUGGUCCCAAACUGUACUUCUACGACAUUCGCGCCGAGGGUGUCAAGAUCCAGGUCUUCUGCCAGGCUCAGAACGCCACCGGAAAUGUGCCUUUCGAGGACCAGCACGAGCUUCUUCGCCGUGGUGAUAUCGUCGGUAUCGUCGGUUUCCCCGGUCGUACCGCCCCGAAGAAUCGCCCCGAUGGUGAGCUGUCCAUCUUCGCCACCGAGGUCAUUCUCCUGUCGCCCUGCUUGCACGCUAUUCCCUCCGAGCACUACGGUUUCCAGGACAAGGAGCAGCGUUACCGUCAACGCUACCUGGACCUGAUCAUGAACGACCGCUCUCGUAACAUCUUCCGCACCCGUGCCAAGAUCGUCAGCUACAUCCGCCACUACCUCGAUUCUCGUGACUUCACCGAGGUCGAGACUCCUAUGAUGAAUGCCAUUGCCGGUGGUGCUACCGCCAAGCCCUUCGUCACCCACCACAACGAGCAUGACAUGAACCUCUUCAUGCGUAUUGCCCCGGAGCUGUACCUGAAGCAGCUGAUUGUUGGUGGACUUGAGAGAGUUUACGAGAUGGGACGGCAAUUCCGCAACGAGGGUAUUGAUCUGACCCACAACCCUGAAUUCACCACUUGCGAAUUUUACAUGGCCUACGCCGAUAUGUACGACCUGAUGAACAUGACCGAGGAGCUGGUUUCUGGCUUGGUCAAGGAGCUCACCGGUGGAUAUGAGACUGUCUUCCACAGCCAGGAUGGUAAAGAGUACAAUGUUAACUGGAAGGCUCCUUGGCGGCGAGUGGAGAUGAUGCCGGCCCUGGAGGAGGCCUGCGGGGAGAAGUUCCCACCCAGUGAUCAACUCCACACCCAGGAGACCAACGAGUUCCUCAAGAAGAUGCUCAAGAAGAUGAACCUCGACUGCUCACCGCCCCUCACCAACGCCCGCAUGCUGGACAAGAUGGUUGGUGAAUUCAUCGAAGAUACCUGCAUCAACCCCACCUUCAUUUUCGGCCACCCCCAGAUGAUGUCCCCCUUGGCCAAGUAUGACCGCACCAAGCCCGGUAUCUGUGAGCGUUUCGAGGCUUUCUGUAUCGGAAAGGAGAUCUGUAACUCUUACACCGAGUUGAACGAUCCCUUCGACCAGCGUCUGCGCUUCGAGGAGCAAGCCCGCCAGAAGGACCAGGGAGAUGACGAGGCGCAAUUGGUUGAUGAGACUUUCUGCACCUCUCUCGAGUACGGACUGCCUCCGACUGGUGGUUGGGGCUUGGGUAUCGAUCGUCUGGUCAUGUUCCUCACCAACAACUACAGUAUCAAGGAGGUCCUCACCUUCCCCUUCAUGAAGGAGGACAAGACUGCCCCCGAGGCCAAGUCCGCUGCCGAGAUUGCUGGAAUUGAGCCCCAGCCCGAGGAGGGAAUCCCCCAUAAAUAA